GUACUGCGGUGGCGUUUCCCGCGGGCUAAUUAAGGCUGGACUCUCCCGAGUCCCGUGCGGACGGGCUCCCGGCGCUUGCCACGUCUAGCCAUGAAGUUUCGGGCCAAGAUCGUGGAUACCGCCUGUCUAAACCACUUCACGCUGGCUUCAGGACAACUUUAUCUGGCGCAGACCGCCCUUCACAGCCAAGCUCCGUGGUCCCCUUGCCCCAGCCGUGUCUGUCCUUGCCGCGACCCCUGCAGCACUCGGCGGCCCCGAGUGGACGUGGGAGGGAAGAAAGCGGCCAGUAGGCACCAGUUAAGCUCCGAGUCUCGGUUUCCUUAUUCCAGGUUGUUGAGAGGCUGGCUUGACCCCAGCGGCAUUAAAAGCCUCCCGGAGUUAGUAACAUGAUAGCCAAGCUUGCCAAAACCUGCACUCUGCGCAUCAGCCCGGAUAAAUUGAACUUCAUCCUCUCUGACAGAGUGGCCAAUGGAGGGGUGAGCAUGUGGUGUGAGCUGGAACAGGAGAACUUCUUCAGCGAAUUUCAAAUGGAAGGUGUCUCCGCAGAAAACAAUGAGAUUUAUUUAGAGCUCACAUCGGAAAAUUUAUCUCGAGCCUUGAAAACUGCCCAGAAUGCCAGAGCUUUGAAAAUUAAGCUGACUAAUAAACACUUCCCCUGCCUUACAGUUUCCAUAGAGCUGUUAUCCGUGUCAAGCAGUAGUCGUGUUGUGACACAUGACAUCCCUGUGAAAGUUAUUCCUAGAAAACUAUGGAAGGACUUACAAGAGCCGACGGUCCCAGAUGCUGACGUUAGUAUUUAUUUACCAGUCCUGAAGACUAUGAAGAGCGUUGUGGAGAAGAUGAAAAACAUCAGCAAUCACCUUAUUAUUGAAGCAAACCUAAAUGGAGAAUUGAACUUGAAAAUAGAAACUGAGCUAGUGUGUGUUACAACUCACUUUAAAGAUCUUGGAAAUCCUCCAUUAGCUUCUGAAAAUGCUUCUCAAGAUAGAAACUUGGAACAAAUGGCUGAAGUGCACAUAGACAUUAGGAAGCUCCUGCAGUUCCUUGCUGGACAACAAGUAAAUCCUACAAAGGCCACUUGCAAUAUUGUGAAGAACAAGAUUGUUCACUUUGACCUGCUCCAUGAAGACGUUUCCCUGCAGUACUUCAUCCCAGCGUUGUCAUAGCCCUGCCUUGUGGGCUCGGGAGCUCAGGGACCUUGGACCCACAGCAGUGGAACCCUAUUUUUUUUUUUUUUUUUUUUUUUUUUAACUUUUUUCCUUCUAUGAUAUUUUCAAUAGAAAUUGAAUUAGUGAGUUAAUGAAACACAGUUGCAUAAACAUUUCUUCAUAUUA